CCCUGGUUAAAAGAACUGAGAAUGGCCAACAUCUUCAGAAAGAACUUCUACCUCUGUGUCUCCAAGAUCAAAUGCCUCCCCACAACUCUAUCUCCACCUUUGACGCUUGAAGAAGAAGAAGAAGAUUAUCAUGACAACGCUGUACCAAUCAAUAUUCCAAAUGCCAGCACUUCAUCCUCACUCAAAAACUUCAACUCCCUCUAUCGUGACCUCAGCUCAUCAGACGCCCACUCCAAUUCCAAGUCUCUCACUUCUUCAACAGACGACUUCUUCUCCUCAUCGGAAGAUUCUGAUGAUAAUUCUGAUUCCAUCCCUGAUUUUUCCACCAUUUUCGCCUCACAACGCUUCUUUUUUUCGUCUCCAGGCAACUCGAAUUCCAUCAUCGAGUCACCGGUAAGGCCGCAGGUACCGGAGCCAGAUAACACCGUAGUCUCCGGUGGUGUUGCUAUCCACACUUAUUCACCGGACCCUUAUACUGAUUUUAGAAGAUCAAUGCAAGAAAUGGUGGAUGCAAAGGAAUUAAAAGAUGUGAAAGCUGAUUGGGAUUUCUUGCAUGAGCUUCUCCUGUGCUAUCUCAACUUAAAUCCAAAACAUACUCACAAGUUCAUCAUUGGUGCUUUCACUGACCUUAUUGUAUCUUUAAUGUCAUCCACAACAGCGGGACACAGUGGCCAGAAAGCCGAUGAUCACCACCGUAAAUGUGCGACAUCAAGACUUGUUGUGCAAAGAACUAGUUCUUGUAUUAUGAGGACAAACCUAAAUAGAAAUCCAAGGCAAGCGUGAGAAUAUGAUUCCUCGAAUGCUGUAAUUUCUCUAACGUCUAAUGUUCGUGUAUAUUGUAAAAUGUGGUGCUAGUAAAGAAUGUCUUUUCUCGUGAUGUGUAAAUUAAUCUGUGUGUUUGUGUGAAUCUUCUUGGGAAACGUUGGAUGCCUUGGUAUUCUUGUGGUAAUUGAUAACGAAAUUA